AAUAACCACUUUGUCCGCAGGUUGUAGCAGUGUGAUCACAGCAUGCUUUACAGAACUUGGUGGAGUUUUUAGAAUAACCUUCCGUGACUUUUGUUAUUAGAUAGCCUAAAACCUACAAUUAGAUCAACUAGGAUAUUGGCACAUGCGCAAAAUUGUUUUACCAAUUAAGGUCACGUGUCUUACCUGAGCGUCACCUGCGGCACUGAAUUGAAGUCAACGUGAUUAUGCAGGUCCCGAUGAAGACCAAGUUUUUCAUUUUUGGAGUUUGCCUAAUGGCAGUCCUCUGGAGGGACACGUUUGAUCCAGGUGAGUCCUCAAACAGUGCUCCAUAGGACAGGCAGACAACACACAUUUUUAGCUCAUUUAAGGUUUUGUUGUUCAUUUAGAUUUCCCCCCCAUCCAGGAAAUUGCUGUCAUUUUCAUUUCCCAGUGUUCUAUAAGCUUUUACCUUUUUUCAUUUCAAGUUUUUUAACUAAAUUAAGAUUUCAUGCACUAGAUUUAACUAUUGUCAUCAUUUAACAAUAUAAUCAGAAAAAAAAACAUUGACAUCAAAUGGGACACCAUUCACUUUCUAAUCUGAGUGCUUUAACCACUGUGUGUACAGUUUCAGGCCACAAUGGACCUUAGUCACUUAAUGACUACAGAUAUCCACUUUAAUAUAUCUAGACUGGACUGUGGAGACUUGGUAGAUUUGAAGGUUAGGGCAGACAUAACUGAGUGUGAAAUAAGGUCAGGAUCUACAACUUCAUGGAUCAUAUUUAAUCUUAAUGUGUUACAGUAUAACACUUGCCAUCGAUAAAAUGCAAUUGUACUCGUCCGUAGUUUAUGCCUGCCCAUACCAUAACCCCACCGCCACCAUGGGGCACUGUGUUCACAAUGUUGACAUCAGCAAACUGCUUGCCCACACAACGCCAUACACGUGGUCUGCGGUUGUGAGGCUGGUUGGACGUACUGCCAAAUUCUCUAAAACGAUGAACAUUCAAUUCUCUGGCAACAGCUCUGGUGGACAUUCCUGCAGUCAGCAUGCCAAUUGCACCCCCCCUCAAAACUUGAGACAUCGUGGCAUUGUGUUGUGUGACAAAACUGCACCUUUUAGAUUGCCCUUUUAUUGUCCCCAGCACAAGGUGCACCUGUGUAAUGAUCAUGCUGUUUACUCAGCUUCUUGAUAUGCCACACCUGUCAGGUAGAUGUGUUAUCUUGGCAAAGGAGAAAUGCUUAUUAACAGGGAUGUAAACAAAUGUUUGCACAAAAUGAGAGAAAUAAUCAUUUUGUGCGUAUGGAAAAUUUCUGGGAUCUUUUAUUUCAGCUCAUAACACAUGGGACCAACACUUUACAUGUAUUUCAGCUCAUGAAACAUGGAACCAACACUUUACAUGUAUUUCAACUCAUGAAACACGGGACCAACACUUUACAUGUAUUUCAGCUCAUGAAACAUGCGACCAAUACUUUACAUGUAUUUCAGCAAAUGAAACAUGGGACCAACACUUUACAUGUUGCGUUUAUAUUUUUGUCCAAUAUUUAAUUGUAUGUGAUGAUGACGAUGAAGUAUUUAACACAAAUUUGUGUCCAACCUUAAAACACCGCUAUUUUAUUAUAGUCACUGUGAUAUGAUCUUCCUUUCUCAUCAGUAGUCUUCCUCACCCCAAGCAGCCUGACUGACUGACUGCCUGUCCGUCUGUCUGUCCCUCCCCUCAGAGUCUGUUCGUUGUGCCAGGGUGCUGGUGACUGGGGCCAGCACGGGCAUCGGAGAGCAGGUGGCAUACCACUACGCCAAGAUGGGCGCCCAGAUCGUCAUCACGGCCAGGAGGGAGUACGCCUUACAGAAGGUUUGUGGAUCUCUCUGUGUCCGUCUCUCUGUCUAUCUGUGUCGGUCUCUGUGUCAGUCUGUGUCGGUCUCUCUAUCUGUGUCUGUCUCUGUGUCAGUCAGUCUGUCUGUCUGUCUAUGAACUUCUAUCCUUUCUACUGUCUUAUGAUGACCAGAUAGAUAGUGACAGCCUCUUUACCAGUGUGUCAUUGCUCCCUCUGUUCUGUAGGUGGCAGCGAACUGCACAAGCCUGGGGGCCCAGAAGGCGCUGUAUGUGACAGGGGACAUGUCCCAGGCCUCAGACCCAGAGAGAGUGGUGAAGAUGGCUGUCGAACUACUGGGUAAGGACUGAUCACUAAGAAUACAUUCAGUCAUAUUGUGAGUAUGUAUUAUGUUAUGUUAGAGAUUCAUAAGGCACAUUAGUCGACACUUGUGCCUGUUUCUCUUUUUUGCAGGAGGUCUUGACAUCCUGGUUCUAAAUCACAUCGGAUCCACCCCAUUCGCCAUGUGGAACGGAGAUGGGGAUCACGUCAGGGAACUGAUGCAGGUACGCAUAGUUUAUUUUUCAUUUUAGGCUAUACUUGUGCUCAAAGCAAUGUUGGAAUAUAAAUAUUUGUUUUCUUCUUCAUAUUAGGCUAUACUUCAAGCCUAUUCUAUGAGUGUAGUUUUUUAUGUGUUGUUGUCUUCCAAAGUUGAAUUUCCUCAGCUACGUGAACAUGGCUUCAGCAGCUUUGCCAGUACUGGAGCAGAGUGCAGGGUCUAUGAUCGUAGUGUCCUCUCUGUUGGGUGAGUACACAUCACACACCCUUAUACAAUACAGUCUUACACAGAUAGCCUUAUACAUAUAGUCUUAUACAGAUAGUCUUAUCGUGGAAAACUCUAGUCCUUCCAGUCAGAUCUGGCUUUGUUUUCUGAUGGCAAUCUGUUGCAAGGUGGGAGUGCUCCACCCCACUCCUCAGAAGUGUACGUUUCCUUGAUCUGUCAAUCGUCACCUCUGACCCAGCCCACCUUGGCCCUCGGCCAAUUACAAGGCCAGGCUGACUAUUAUUUUCCUAAAUUGGAACUCCAAACACUCCCUGGUGUAGAGAAUGCGUAGAUGCCAUAAAACCAUUAAUUCAACUACACCAUAAAGCUGUGUGUCUAAGGCCAUAAAGGGUUGAACUUGAGUCUGUGUCCUGUUCGUCAUUGUGCCAGGUACCCAGAGAGAUCGUCCCUUAUAUAAACCGGCACCUUCAUUUUUGGAGUCCAUCACCAGUUGGUGGCGCUCUAUUUUUCACUUAUGCAGAUACAGUCUUAUGCAGAUAGUCUUAUGCAGAUACAGUCUUAUGCAGAUACAGUCUUAUACCAAUGCAAACUACACUAGUAAUCCUUAUAGGAGGAAUACAAUUAAAAACCUGUCCUUCUCAGUCUGAAGUACUCAGACAAACACUGUGGAUACUGUGUGAACUCACCACCUUUCUCUUCUCCCUCUGUCUCCCCCUCUCUCCACUACAGGGAAGAUAACCACUCCGUUCGUGGGGCCCUACGCGGCCACCAAGUUUGCAGUGAACGGUUUCUUUGGUUCCAUGCAGCAUGAGCUAGCUAUGCAGCGCAGCAACGUGUCUCUGACCGUCACCACCCUGGGCCUGAUAGACACAGACUCAGCCAUGGACAAAAUCAGGUUAGUCACAGGAGCCAUUUACAAUUGGGUUUUCAACAGAAUAAGAGAUUUGUGUUCUACAACUCUCAUCUCUUCCGAAUAGAUUCAUGACAUCAAGACUGGUUGUGCUUGUGACAUUGAAUAACUGGUCUUGUAAGAGAAACAUUACAUUAAUGAGUUGUAUUGAGUGAUUGUGUUAUGGUAGUUUGAUAUUUCUGACGGUUCAGUACCUGCUACAUUUAUAGUAGGUCUUAGUUAAAGUGUAAUGGGGAGCUAAGAUAAAACAUUACAGUAGGUAUAAUUUAGGUUUUAUCAAUGUGUCGUUCUUUUUUUAUUCAAACCAGGAAGUUCCAUUGAGAUAACUUGGUGUGCAUUCGAAAUUGCAUCUAGUACUGUACUAUAUAGGGAAUAGGCAAUUUCGGAUGGAGUCCUGAUUACAGUGUUUAUAAACACCCUGCAGGCAGCAUGUCUUUAAAUGUUUCUCUGCCACCUCCAGAGGGUACACCAACAUGACGGCCUACCCAGCCAGCGAUGCUGCCCUCCACCUCAUCAAGGCUGGGGCCACCCAUCAGAAGGAGUCAUUCUACCCUGGAUACAUCUACUUCGUCUGCCUGUGCAGAGACUGGUUCCCCUUCUUCAGAGACAUCAUCAUCCAGAACUCCUACACAUACUGAAGGAGCCACCAUACACCUGGUUAAGGAACCACCUAAGCCUACAGUAACAUGUGUGUCCUCAGGCCGAGAAUAGCAAAGCACCCUUUACUGGCUCAAACAGCUGGAUUACCAACCUUUAGUAAACUUUGGAGGAAAAAAUUGUUUGACCAGAAACAAUGCUAUUUCACAGUAAACAAAUUAACAGUACGGCACUUACACAAAUGACUGAUGAUUGGCUGAGAGAAAUGUAUAAUAAAAAGAUUGUGUUGGCUGUUUUGUUAGACUUCAGUGCAGCUUUUGACAUUAUUGAUCAUAAUCUGCUGCUGGAAAAACGUACGCGUUAUGGCUUUACAUACCCUGCUACAUUGUGGAUCGAGAGUUACCUGUCUAACAGAACACAGAGGGAGUUCUUUAAUGGAAGCCUCUCCAACAUAAUCCAGGUAGAGUCAGGCAUUUCCCAGGGCAGCUGUCUAGACCCCUUACUUUUUUCUAUCUUUACUAAUGACCUGCCACUGGCUCUGAGUAAAGCCAGUGUGUCUAUGUAUGCUGAUGACUCCACACUAUACGUGUCAGCUACCACAGCAAGUGGAAUCACUGCAGCACUUAACAAAGAGCUGCAGUCAGGUUCACAAUGGGUGGCAAUAAAUAAGUUAGUAUUGUAUUUGGGACAAAUCAUUCACUAAACCCUAAACCUCAACAAAAUCUUGUAAUGAAUAAUGUGGAAAUUUGUGUAACCCUAGAUUGUAAACGGUUAUGGUCAAAUCAUAUUGAUGCAACAGUAGCUAUGAUGGGGAGAAGUCGGUCCAUAUUAAAGCGCUGCUCGGCCUUCUUAACAAUGCUAUCAACAAGACAGGUCCAACAGGCCCUAGUUUUGUCGCACCUGGAGUACUGUCCAGUCGUGUGGUCAGGUGCCACAAAGGGACUUAGGAAAAUUACAAUUGGCCCAGAACAGGGCAGCACGGCUGGCACUUAAAUGUACAUGGAGAGCUAACAUUAAUGAUAUGCAUGACUAUCUCUCCUGAAUCAAAGUACAGGAGGGAUUGACUUCCUCACUACUUGUAUUUGUGAGAAGUAUUGACAUGUUGAAUGCACCGAGCCGUCUGUUUAAACUACUAGCACACAGCUGACACCCAUGCAUACCCCACAAGACAUGCCACCAGUGGUCUCUUCCCAUUCCACAAGUCCAGAACAGUACUACAUAGAGCCAUGACUACAUGGAACUCUAUUCCACAUCAAGUUACUCAUGCAAGUAGUAAAAUCAGAUUUAAAAAAAAAAAAAGAUACAAAUACACCUUAUGUAACAGCGGGGACUCACACACAGGCACAGACACACGCAUACACACACACGAUAACAUACGCACUAUACACACACGUACACAUGGAUUUUGUGUUGUAGAUAUGUGGUAGUAGAGUAGUGGCCUGAGGGCACACACUUAAUGUGUAGUGAAAUCUGUUGUGAAAUGUAAUGUAAUGUUUUUUAAAUUGUAUAUAUCUGCCUUAAUUUUGCUGGGCUCCAGCAAGAGUAGCUGCUGCCUUGGCAGGAACUAAUGGGGAUCCAUAAUAAACCCCCAGGAAGAGUAGCUGCUGCCUUGGCAGGAACUAAUGGGGAUCCAUAAUAAACCCCUAGGAAGAGUAGCUGCUGCCUUGGUAGGAACUAAUGGGGAUCCAUAAUAAACCCCCAGGAAGAGUAGCUGCUGCCUUGGCAGGAACUAAUGGGGAUCCAUAAUAAACCCCCAGGAAGAGUAGCUGCUGCCUUGGUAGGAACUAAUGGGGAUCCAUAAUAAACCCCUAGGAAGAGUAGCUGCUGCCUUGGCAGGAACUAAUGGGGAUCCAUAAUAAACCCCUAGGAAGAGUAGCUGCUGCCUUGGCAGGAACUAAUGGGGAUCCAUAAUAAACCCCUAGGAAGUGUAGCUGCUGCCUUGGCAGGAACUAAUGGGGAUCCAUAAUAAACCCCUAGGAAGUGUAGCUGCUGCCUUGGCAGGAACUAAUGGGGAUCCAUAAUAAACCCCAGGAAGAGUAGCUGCUGCCUUGGCAGGAACUAAUGGGGAUCCAUAAUAAACCCCAGGAAGAGUAGCUGCUGCCUUGGCAGGAACUAAUGGGGAUCCAUAAUAAACCCCUAGGAAGAGUAGCUGCUGCCUUGGCAGGAACUAAUGGGGAUCCAUAAUAAACCCCUAGGAAGUGUAGCUGCUGCCUUGGCAGGAACUAAUGGGGAUCCAUAAUAAACCCCAGGAAGAGUAGCUGCUGCCUUGGCAGGAACUAAUGGGGAUCCAUAAUAAACCCCAGGAAGAGUAGCUGCUGCCUUGGCAGGAACUAAUGGGGAUCCAUAAUAAACCCCUAGGAAGAGUAGCUGCUGCCUUGGCAGGAACUAAUGGGGAUCCAUAAUAAACCCCUAGGAAGUGUAGCUGCUGCCUUGGCAGGAACUAAUGGGGAUCCAUAAUAAACCCCUAGGAAGAGUAGCUGCUGCCUUGGCAGGAACUAAUGGGGAUCCAUAAUAAACCCCUAGGAAGAGUAGCUGCUGCCUUGGCAGGAACUAAUGGGGAUCCAUAAUAAACCCCCAGGAAGAGUAGCUGCUUCCUUGGCAGGAACUAAUGGGGAUCCAUAAUAAACCCCAGGAAGAGUAGCUGCUGCCUUGGCAGGAACUAAUGGGGAUCCAUAAUAAACCCCAGGAAGAGUAGCUGCUGCCUUGGCAGGAACUAAUGGGGAUCCAUAAUAAACCCCCAGGAAGAGUAGCUGCUUCCUUGGCAGGAACUAAUGGGGAUCCAUAAUAAACCCCAGGAAGAGUAGCUGCUGCCUUGGCAGGAACUAAUGGGGAUCCAUAAUAAACCCCCAGGAAGAAUAGCUGCUGCCUUGGCAGGAACUAAUGGGGAUCCAUAAUAAACCCCAGGAAGAGUAGCUGCUGCCUUGGCAGGAACUAAUGGGGAUCCAUAAUAAACCCCAGGAAGAGUAGCUGCUGCCUUGGCAGGAACUAAUGGGGAUCCAUAAUAAACCCCAGGAAGAGUAGCUGCUGCCUUGGCAGGAACUAAUGGGGAUCCAUAAUAAACCCCAGGAAGAGUAGCUGCUGCCUUGGCAGGAUCUAAUGGGGAUCCAUAAUAAACCCCAGGAAGAGUAGCUGCUGCCUUGGCAGGAACUAAUGGGGAUCCAUAAUAAACCCCCAGGAAGAGUAGCUGCUGCCUUGGCAGGAACUAAUGGGGAUCCAUAAUAAACCCCCAGGAAGAGUAGCUGCUUCCUUGGCAGGAACUAAUGGGGAUCCAUAAUAAACCCCAGGAAGAGUAGCUGCUGCCUUGGCAGGAACUAAUGGGGAUCCAUAAUAAACCCCCAGGAAGAGUAGCUGCUGCCUUGGCAGGAACUAAUGGGGAUCCAUAAUAAACCCCAGGAAGAGUAGCUGCUGCCUUGGCAGGAACUAAUGGGGAUCCAUAAUAAACCCCCAGGAAGAGUAGCUGCUGCCUUGGCAGGAACUAAUGGGGAUCCAUAAUAAACCCCAGGAAGAGUAGCUGCUGCCUUGGCAGGAACUAAUGGGGAUCCAUAAUAAACCCCAGGAAGAGUAGCUGCUGCCUUGGCAGGAACUAAUGGGGAUCCAUAAUAAACCCCCAGGAAGAGUAGCUGCUGCCUUGGCAGGAACUAAUGGGGAUCCAUAAUAAAUACAAAUACAAAUAGCUACUAAACAGAGUGGGCGGGGUUAGAUUAGGGGAGAGUUUUUCAGGAUAAGAUAGAUAUACUGUAUAGUAUAGUGUUCACCCACUCUGCCCAGAUUGGCUGAAAACGUGCUUGGUGAUGAUAACAUGUCAAUUUAUUUGUAUUUUAUUUAACUAGGCAAAUCAGUUAAGAACAAAUUCUUAUUUACAAUGGCGGCCUACCAGAAGGCAAAAGGCAUCCUGCGGGGACGGGGGCUGGGAUUUAAAAAAUAUGAGAAUAAAUAUAGGACCAAACACACAUCACAACAAGAGAGACAACACAACACUACAUAAAGUCAGACCUAAGACAACAACAUAGCAUGGCAGCAACACACGACAACACAGCAAAGUAGCAACCCAACAUGAAAACAACAUGGUAGCAACACAACAUUGCAGCAGCACAACAUGGUAGCGGCACAGACAACAGCACAAAGGCAAGAAGGUAGAGACAACAAUACAUCACGCGAAGCAGUCACAACUGUCAGUAAGAGUGUCCAUGACUGAGUCUUUGAAUGAAGAGAUGGAGAUAAAACUGUCCAGUUUGAGUGUUUCCUGCAGCUCGUUCCAGUCGCUAGCUGCAGCGAACUGGAAAGAGGAGCGACCCAGGGAUGUGUGUGCUUUGGGGACCUUUAACAAAAUGUGACUGGCAGAACGGGUGUUGUAUGUGGAGGAUGAGGGCUGCAGUAGGUAUCUUAGAUAGGGGGGAGUGAGGCCUAAGAGGGUUUUGUAAAUAAGCAUCAACCAAUGGGUCUUGCGACGGGUAUACAGAGAUGACCAGUUUACAGAGGAGUAUAGAGUGCAGUGAUGUGUCCUUUAAGGAGCAUUGGUGGCAAAUCUGAUGGCCGAAUGGUAAAGAACAUCUAGCCGCUCGAGAGCACCCUUACCUGCCAAUCUAUAAAUUACAUCUCCGUAAUCUAGCAUGGGUAGGACGGUAAUCUGAAUCAGGGUUAGUUUGGCAGCUGGGGUGAAAGAGGAGUGAUUACGAUAGAGGAAACCAAGUCUAGAUUUAGCCUUAGCCUGCAGCUUUGAUAUGUGCUGAGAGAAGGACAGUUUACUGUCUAGCCAUACUCCCAAGUACUUGUAUGAGGUGACUACCUCAAGCUCUAAACCUUCAGAGGUAGUAAUCACACCGGUAAGAAGAGGGGCAUUCUUCUUACCAAACCACAUUACCUUUGUUUUGGAGGUGUUCAGAACAAGGUUAAGGGCAGAGAAAGCUUGUUGGACACUAAGAAAGCUUUGUUGUAGAACGUUUAACACAAAAUCCGGGGAGGGGCCAAUUCUUCGCUUCUCCCUAAUCCAAGGCUGUCCUACCUUAUCAGUGACUGAAACCAGAAUGUUGCCCUUUGCCUCCCUCCUUAGGCAUAUUCCUGGAACGGAGCCAGGUGUUAAACAUAGUUCAGACUAUAAGUUAAACAUGGUUAAUUACAACAUGACGGGCAUUGGGACUGAGAGGUACAGAAGAAAGAGGCUUGGAACAGAGCCAGGAAAUGGACCUGAGAAUGGGCCUAUAAUGUGUGAGAACUGCCUGCUAUGUGUAUAUGUUUGAGAAAUUGAUUAUGGACCUGCCAUGUUUAAGUAUCGAUUGAUUUCUUUAAGAAUAAACAGAGCAGAGCCAGGGCUUGGUCCCGCCACUAUUGUAGCGGGAAGAGAAGUCAGAUAUCGCCAUUGUUAUAAAAUAAGGAAGUGGGCGAAGCGGUCAAGAGGUGAAAACUGGAGAUGGUGGUGGAGGAACCAAAGAGGGAGGGAUUAAGUAAAAUGAUUAAGGAUGAAACUGUAUAUAAACUGAGAGCUGAGAGGUGGAAAGUUAGAUGCUCUGCAGACCACCUCGGCCCUAUUAUCUGUGUAAUAAAGUCUAUCUUAAUUCUACAAAAACUCUGAAAGUACUUUGUGUUCGACUGAGGACAAAGACAAUUUUCUACAUCACAGGCAGUGGCUGAGAUAGCAGAUGUUCUGACUUUAUACACUGCACUCUUUGAGAGAGGUAGUUAGCAAACCAGGCCAAAGACCCCUCAGAGACACCAAUACUCCUUAGCCGGCCGACAAGGAUGGAAUGGUCUACCUUAUCAAAAGCUUUGGCCAAGUCAAUAAAAAUAGCAGCACAACAUUGCUUAGAAUCAAGGGCAAUGGUGACAUCAUUAAGGACCUUUAAGGUUGCAAUGACACAUCCAUAACCUGAGCGGAAACCAGAUUGCAUACCAGAGAGAAUACUAUAGACAUCAAGAAAGCCAGUCAGCUGAAUAUUGACACGUUUUUCCAACAUUUUUGAUAAACAGGGCAAAAUAGAAAUUGGCCUAUAACAGUUAGGAUCCGCUUGAUCUCCCCCUUUAAAUAAAGGACGCACCGUGGCUGCCUUCCAAGCAAUGGAACCUCCCCAGAGAGGAGAGACAGGUUAAAAAGGUCAGAGACAGGCUUGGCGAUGAUAGGGGCUGCAACCUUAAAGAAGAAAGGGUCUAAACCAUCUGACCCAGAUGGUUUUUUGGUGUCAAGUUUAAGUAGUUCCUUUAGCACCUCGGACUCCGUGACCGCCUACAGGGAGAAACUUUGUAGCAGGGCAGGGGAAGAAGAGGGAGGAGCAUCGGGGCUAGUCACAUUAGAAGGACUUGGAGAUGAGGAAAUGUUGGACGGGCAAGGAGGCAUGGCUGAGUCAAAUGGGAAUCCUGACUUAAUGAAGUGGUGAUUAAAGAGCUUAGCCAUGUGCUCUUUGUCAGUAGGAGGAGGGUUUAUUCUCCAGGUCUUUAACCGUUUUCCAGAACUUCUUGAGGUUAGACCCACAGAGAGAGAACUUCUACUUAAAGUAACUAGCUUUAGCCUUCCGGAUAGCCUGAGUGCACUUAUUUCUCAUUUGCCUGAACGAGAGCCAGUCAGCCUGAGUAAGUGUGUGCCAAGCCAUUCGCCAAAUGGAAUUCUUGAGGUGGAGUAACUCUGCCAGAUCACAGUUGAACCAGGGGCUGAACCUGUUUUAAAUUCUCAUUUUCUUUAUGGGGGCGUGUUUGUUAACAAUACUACUGAAAAUAUCAAAAAAGAAGGUCCAAGCGUCUUCGACAGAGGGGAUCAAGCUGAUUCUAUACCAAUUUACAGAGGCCAGGUCAUGAAGGAAGGCUUGCUCAUUAAAGUUUUUUAGCAAGCGUCUAUGACAAAUCAGGACAGGUCGUUUCACUGAGUAGCCAUUACGAACACAGGCUGUAAAACAGUGAUCACUAAGGUCAUUACAGAAAACACCUGACUGAUACCUAUUCAGAUUAUUUGUGAGGAUAACAUCAAGGACAGUAGCCUUUUCUGGAUGUUUGGAGUCAUACCUUGUGGGAUUGGUAAUAAUCUGAGAAAGAUUUAGGGUGUCCCAUUGCUUUAGGACUUGUCAGGUGGUUUAAGCAUGUCCCAAUUUAGGUCACCUGGCAGGACAAAUUCAGACUUAGAGCAGGUAGGGUACAGGCCGGUGCUGAUGGUGGACGAUAACACCCAGCAACAGUCAACAAAGAGCUAUUUGAAAGUUUUAUGCUUGAAACCAGCAAAUCAAAUUGUUUGGGGACAGACUUGGUGGAGACAACCGAGCACUGAAGGUGUUCCUUGGUAAAGAUUGCCACUCCACCACCUUUGGAAGAUCUGUGUUGCCGAAAAAGGUUAUAACCAGAAAGGUUAACAUCAGUGUUCAAAACACUCUUUCUUAACCACAUCUCAGUAAUAACCAACACAUCUGGAUUGGAGCUGUGAACCCACACUUUCAAUUGAUCAAUUUUAGGUAUCGUGCAGAAAGCCCAGGCUUUUAUGAGAGCAACAAUCAGUGAAGCAGAUAUCAGAGCACAAGUCAGAAUUGGGGCUAGCAACAGUAGAUGGGCCAGAAUGUACGUGCACAUUUCCAGAUAUCAUCAGCAGUAAUACAAUCAGGGCACGGCCGAGGAAAGGGAGAGCUCUGCAGUGUUGAUUUGUUAUGACAUUUGAAUGUGCAUCAGAUGGCAACAAGAUCAUAUUGUACAGCAAUUUCAUCAGGUAAAACGAAUACAAAGCCGGCGAGAGGUGGUUAGAAUAUGAUGGGAGUCCAAGAAACUGUCACCAAUAGAGAGUCAGAGUCUCGAGUGUGGGAACAAACAUAGUCUGUCCCACGAGCGGGUAAACAAGCAAGGUCAUAGUCAACAAAGCACGCAGGAGUCAUGUCGCAAAUAGCAUAAAGCACAAGAAAAAAAUAUAACAACUUGGGGCUAUCCAUCGUAAGUUCAGAGUCACUCACCAAAACAGAGCGUGUGUGCUGGAGGUGAGCGAAAGCUCAGGAGAGAGUGGGGAUUGUGGCGGGGGUACCUGUACCAGACAGGGGGAGACAGGCCAGGGCACACGGUGAACAGAUCGCCAGGUGGAAUCCAAGCAACAGGGCAGCAGGCAACGGGAGUAGGUGUCACACCCACUUGGGAUAAACUUUUUUGGGAGGCAGAUUCCUUGUAGAAGAUCCCAGCUAGCUACGUCCAAACAAAGUUGUCCUGUGGCUGUUGUAUUUUGGAGAUUGCGAGGAGGAUAUCUUCUGAUGUUAUCAAAUCAAAACAACAACUUUUAUAAACAAUGGCAAAACUGGCAUUUUGAUCUGAAUCUUGCUUUUGGAAAACCGCAUUAGUGUCCGACUUUCGGCUGUCCUAGAUGCACCUCCCCCGACUUCACUCGACUUUCGUCUACAGUCAGUGGAUGGAGCCAGAUAGCUGCUUUUCAGAGUUUUGGCAGUUUCAUCUCACCAACAAAAAAAACGUACACCAAACGGCCUGUGAGGAGUGCUUCGCGAACAAGCAUAACACAGUAUAAAAAAACAGAAGUCUUCCUUAUGUUAUAAAAUACAUUUUACCAAGACAAAUAUGAUUCUGUUCUGGGUCUCUAAAUAAUGCUAAUUUAACCAUUCUCCUAUUUGUUUAAAAUGUAGUGGUACAUUUGUUGUACAGUGGGAAAUAUUAAAAUAAAAGCUUCCAAAUUAAACAAACACCCCUACCAGACAUGGUUUAAACCAUUCAUUUUAUAUGUGACAGUGCUGUCCACUCAGUAGUGCUGAAUUUCCAGCCUGGUCACCAGAGACACACGUCGAUUUUGGACGUUUGAGAAGGUCCUGAGGACAUCUUUUGGCAAACUCCAAGCGGGCUGUCAUGUGCCUUUUACUGAGAAGUGGCUUCCGUCUGGCUACUCUACCAUAAAGGCCUGAUUGGUGGAGUGCUGCAGAGAUGGUUGUCCUUCUGGAAGGUUCUCCCAUCUCCACAGAGGACCUCUGGAGCUCAUUCAGAGUGACCAUCAGGUUCUUGGUCACCUGACCAGGGCCCUUCUCCCCCAAUUGCUCAGUUUGGCCGGGCGGCCAGCUCUAGGAAGAGUCUUGGUGGUUUCAAACUUCUUCCAUUUAAGAAUGAUGGAGGCCACUGUGUUCUUGGGACCUUCAAUGCUGCAGAAAUGUUUUGGUACCCUUCCCCAGACCUGUGCCUCGACACAAUCCUGUCUCGGAGCUCUAUGGAUAGUUCCUUCGACCUCAUGGCUUGGUUUUUGCACUGACAUGCACUGUCAACUGUGGGACCUUAUUUAGACAGAUGUGUGCCUUUCCAAAUCAUGUCCAAUCAAUUGAAUUUACCACAGGUGGACUCCAAUCUAGUUGUAGAAACAUCUCAAAGAUGAUCAAUGGAAACAGGAUGCACCUGAGCUCAAUUUCGAGUCUCAUAGCAAAUGGUCAGAAUACUUAUGUAAAUAAGGUAUUUCUGUUUUUUAUUUUUAAUACAUUUGCAAGAAUUUCUAGAAACCUGUUUUCGCUUUGUCAUUAUGGGGUAUUGUGUGUAGAUUGAUGAGUUUUUUUUUUUUUAAAUCAAUUUUAGAAUAAGGUUGUAACGUAACAAAAUGUGGAAAUUGAAUGGGUCUGAAUACUUUCCGAAUGCACUGUAGGCUACAUUCAGUUUGGAUGCUGGAAUUCUUUUGGAGUGGAUGAACGUGCACAGGUAGCCUACUUUUUGAAGUGAUUUGUUUAACAAUCAGAUGAAAAUAUCAUGACUGGUUGUGUUCAUGCUACAUUAAAAGGUAAUUAUUUUUUAAAUUAUGUCUUUAUUAUUAGGCCCAUAAAAAAUGUUUUACAGCUAAUUUCUUGCAAUUAUACCCAUUUUGCCAUGGGGUGGAGAGACAUUUUUGCAGUUUUAAACGCCCACAAGAAAGGAAGUUCACUUUUUUUCAGCUGAAAGACGAUUUAUGGAACAUGCCAAAACGUUGGAGAUAACAAUAGAUGGCAAAUUUAAAGAGACUGGUUUCCCCUAUCCAUCUGUGGUGAAGUUUUCUCCAAAUGCUUAUGACAAAUCCAGCUCCAGAACCAGCCAUAGCCUAGCCGACAGCUGGCUAAUCUUUUGAAUACGGUGUAGCAACAACGGAUAACAUUAGCUAGCUAGAUAAGGUUACAUCAGUGCCCUACUUGUUAUUUGUCCACCACAACGUUCCCACCCCCAAUUUGUGAAUAUAUAUUAGCAGCCUGCGUCAUUCUUCAGAGAUGGAACCUAAACAAGACAGGAAUUACGUCAAAAUAGGAGCGGCAUUGCCCUAUAAAAGCUAAAUUCCUACAAUUCUACAAAUGCUGCCAUGACUUAUGCGAUGUUAGUAUGAUAUCUGACUGAGAAUAACUAACAAAAUCAAUGGGGGCCCUUGGAGUUCAGGGCCCUGGGUACGUGCCCUGCGUGCCUGGUUGGUAUUCGGCCAUGAUUACUACAAGUUUAAAUAGCUGGCUAGACUAACUACCAAUCAAAAGAUUGACAUUAGUAAUUGUCAGCUAAUUGAGUGACUUGCAUAACAAGAGAAAAACUGCUGAUGCACAACCAAAUUUCGAAAUUGCCUUUGGUGUAUUUUCCUAUUCUUACUCUCAAUAGUAAGUUAAGACCCCGCUUAGGUUGCUUAUGCCUGGGGCCGGCCCUGCUUGUAGACACACUGCUAAUAAUCACAUGAUAAUACAUAUAUUACAUGGAUGUGUACACCUACAGUGAGGGAAAAAAGUAUUUGAUCCCCUGCUGAUUUUGUACGUUUGCCAACUGACAAAGACAUGAUCAGUCUAUAAUUUUAAUGGUAGGUUUAUUUGAACAGUGAGAGACAGAAUAACAACAAAAAAAUCCAGAGAAACGCAUGUCAAAGAUGUUAUAAAUUGAUUUGCAUUUUAAUGAGGGAAAUAAGUAUUUGACCCCUCUGCAAAACAUGACUUAGUACUUGGUGGCAAAACCCUUGUUGGCAAUCACAGAGGUCAGACGUUUCUUGUAGUUGGCCACCAGGUUUUCACACAUCUCAGGAGGGAUUUUGUCCCACUCCUCUUUGCAGAUCUUCUCCAAGUCAUUAAGGUUUUGAGGCUGACGUUUGGCAACUCGAACCUUCAGCUCCCUCCACAGAUUUUGGGAUUAAGGUCUGGAGACUGGCUAGGCCACUCCAGGACCUUAAUGUGCUUCUUCUUGAGCCACUCCUUUGCUUCCUUGGCCGUGUGUUUUGGGUCAUUGUCAUGCUGGAAUACCCAUCCACGACCCAUUUUCAAUGCCCUGGCUGAGGGAAGGAGGUUCUCACCCAAGAUUUGACGGCCCCGUCCAUCGUCCCUUUGAUGCGGUGAAGUUGUCCUGUCCCCUUAGCAGAAAAACACCCCCAAAGCAUUCCUCCUCCUCCAAACACGGUGAGUUGAGUUGAUGCCAAAGAGCUCUAUUUUGGUCUCAUCUGACCACAACACUUUCACCCAGUUCUCCUCUGAAUCAUUCAGAUGUUCAUUGGCAAACUUCAGACGGGCCUGUAUAUGUGCUUUCUUGAGCAGGGGGACCUUGUGGGCGCUGCAGGAUUUCAGUCCUUCGCGGCGUAGUGUGUUAACAAUUGUUUUCUUGGUGACUAUGGUCCCAGCUGCCUUGAGAUCAUUGACAAGAUCCUCCCGUGUAGUUCUGGGCUGAUUCCUCACCGUUCUCAUGAUCGUUGCAACUCCACGAGGUGAGAUCUUGCAUGGAGCCCCAGGCCGAGGGAGAUUGACAGGUCUUUUGUGUUUCUUCCAUUUGCGAAUAAUCGCACCAACUGUUGUCACCUUCUCACCAAGCUGCUUGGCGAUGGUCUUGUAGCCCAUUCCAGUCUUGUGUAGGUCUACAAUCUUGUCCCUGACAUCCUUGGAGAGCUCUUUGGUCUUGGCCAUGGUGGAGAGUUUGGAAUCUGAUUGAUUGAUUGCUUCUGUGGACAGGUGUCUUUUAUACAGGUAACAAGCUGAGAUUAGGAACACACUAAUAUCAGCUCGUUACCUGUAUAAAAGACACCUGGGAGCCAGAAAUCUUUCUGAUUGAGAGGGGGUCAAAUACUUAUUUCCCUCAUUAAAAUGCAAAUCAAUUUAUAACAUUUUUGACAUGCAUUUUUCUGGAUUUUUUUGUUGUUAUUCUGUCUCUCACUUUUCAAAUAAACCUACCAUUAAAAUUCUAGACUGAUCUUUUCUUUGUCAGUGGGCAAACGUACAAAAUCAGCAGGGGAUCAAAUACUUUUUUACCUCACUGCAUGUAGACCUGCAUUUUUUAAAUGACCUACUUCGUCACAUAUGCGUUAUUUGACUUGAGGAUCAGAAGUAGAAUGUUAUUUCCUUAAGAAAAAUAAUGCCCCAAGAGGGAUUCAAACUCACAGCUGUUGUAUCCCUUUGAACUUCCUUCCUUUCCAGACUGCACCACUAGUAAUUAUAAACUGGGUGGUUCGAGCCCUGAAUGCUGAUUGGCUGACAGCCAUGGUAUAUCAGAACGUACACCACGGGUAUGACAAAACAUUUAUUUUUACUGUUCUAAUUACGUAGGUAACCAGUUUAUAAUAGCAAUAAGGCACCUCGGGGGGUUGUGGUAUAUGGUGUAAGGGUUGGUGUGAGGUGUGACCCAGGUGCGGUGCAGGAUAGACAGUAGGCAGUAGGCAGAGAUGGUGAAACAAGGAUCUUUACUGGUGAUCCAAAAGCCAGGAUACAAAACAACGGACUUAAAAGAAAGAACACGAUAAAAGAAAGGUGGAGCAAAUAAGUCUCCAAAAACAGGCUGACAGCCAAAAUACAAAAUAGUAACUACGACUGAAAUAAUAAAGAAACAGGGUGAACACUUCUUGAGUACCUGUACAUACUUCUCCGAUCAGACACUGAUUAGUACUACUGAGCAUAGAGAAACUAGCAGAGAUAACUGAGCAAGGGAACACAGGGAAGUGAGGGCAUAAAUACACAGGUGAACAGGUAGACACAGGUGACACCAAUAUGAUAAUGAUUAGUCCAGACUGUGAGUGAGGAGGUGCCUAAGGUUGUCGGAGGAUGACACCUAGUGGGUCGCUCCGGAACUGCGACCCCCUCCUGUAACAAUAUGGCCAAUAUACCACGGCUAAGGGCUGUGUCCAGGCACUCCGCGUUGCAUUGUGCAUCAGAACAGCCCUUAGUCGUAGUAUAUUGGCCAUAUACCACACCCCUUCGGGCCGUAUUGCUUAAUUAUAGCAGUAGAGUGAAGAAUUAAGUAAGCAUCAUCCAAUAUUGGCACACUACACAUUAGACCAUGGCACAGAUAACAAAAUAACCCUUUUGAGGUUUGAGGUUUUAGAAUCUCCCUCUGGUGGCCAAGUUAACCUUGUGUAGCAGGCGUAGAAAGAUGCUUGAGCGGCGUCCCCAAUUCCGUUUUUUUCAGGGGAAACGGAAGAUAGGUUUAAAAUACUGUAUCCCUGAAAACCGGUCGUCACCUUAACCACACUGAUAUCCUUAUACCUAACCCUAACCUUAAAUUAAGACCAAAAAGUAAAUGUUUGUUUUCAUGAAUUUUUAGGACAUAGCCCAUUUUGACUUUGUGGCUAUGGUAAAUAGUGAAAACCCUGAAAACCAGAAACAUCUGCUUUCUACCAACUCCGCUAAGGUUGUUGCCAAAUUGACCUGUUUAACAAAUGCAAUUGGAUGGUGGCUCUACUGAUAGGCAGGGUUGGGGAGUAACGGAUUACAUACACCUUUUUAUAUGUAUAUGUUUUUUGUUUUUUUACUAUUAUCAGUUCCAUUACCAGCAAAAACAUUGUAAUCAGAGUAUACAUACUGUUGAAGAUAAUUACUUCUAGGAUUACUUUUCAAUUCAGAAAUUCAGAUUUUAGCGUAAAAAAUAAAAUAAAAUAUGUUUUCUCAAUUUCAUUCAAAUCAGUAUUGAAAAGAGGCACAAGUUUAAGUUUAUUCCACCUGAGCGAGUCUUAUCACAAGUCAUAGACCACUUUGAUGACACACUCUUGAAGAUCAAGGGAUAUUUAAGUAAUUGAAAUGACUGGAAAUCUGACAGACUUUGGUUUUUAAAGUAUAGCCUGAUCGUAUUAUUAUCUGUAUUGAAGAGAAAGCAAUAGGUCAGAAGCCUACAUAGCCUAUAAAAUGCAACAUCCAUCUAUGGCCAGCUAUCUAAACUCCAACAUUGAUUUAUCCUGCAAUAGAUGUCGUUCAAUUGGUAACAUUCCUUUUCGUUUUCUUCUAAUGCCUCCUAAGGGGCAAGUAAUCUAAAAGUAAACAGAUUACAUUAGUUAAGUUACUGAUUACAAUUUUGGACAUGUAACUAGUAACUGUAACGGAUGAAAUUUAGAAAGUAACCUAACCUACCAUGCUGAUAAGUUGAUCCAUUAUUCUGUUACCGGAUAUAAUUAUGUGCUCUUCUGGUUGUCCUCAGUGUAGUGGCUAAUUGUGCCAGGUUGGCCUAUGAGAAAAGCUAGCAUCUAGCCAUUUUAGACCACAGGUAUAAACCUUGGGUCUAAGCAAAAGUUUGCAAGUAUGGCCCACAAAUGUUUUACUCAAAUGUUUGUAAACAAAAUAAAUGUAAACAAACACUAUACAGCCUCAAAACAUGGUUAAACUAUCAUUUUUAUACACUAUAUAUACAAAGGUAUCUGGACACCCCUUCAAAUUAGUGGAUUCGGCUAUUUCAGCUACACCCGUUGCUGACAAGUGUAUAAAAUCGAGCGCACAGCCACGCAAUCUCCAUAGACAAACAUUGACAGUAUAAUUACCUUACUGAAGAGCUCAGUGACUUUCAAUGUGGCACUGUCCGUCAUAGGAUGCCACCUUUCCAACAAGUAGGUUCGUCAAAUGUCUGCCCUGCUGGAGCUGCCCUAGUCAACUGUAAGUGCUGUCAUUGUGAAGUGGAAACGUCUAGGAGCAACAACAGCUCUGCCACAAAAAGUGGUAGGCCACACAAGCUCACAGAAACGGAGCCGCCGAGUGCUGAAGCGCGUAGCGCGUAAAAAUCGUCUGUCCUCGGUUGCAACACUCACUACCGAGUUCCAAACUGCCCCUGGAAGUAAGUCAGCACAAGAACUGUUAGUCGGUAGCUUCAUGAAAUGGGUUUCCAAGGCGGAGCAGCCGCACACAAGCCUAAGAUCACCAUGCGCAAUGCCAAGCAUUAGCUGGAGUGGUGUAAAGCUCGCUGCCAUUGGACUCUGGAGCAGUGGAAACGCGUUCUCUGGAGUGAUGAAUCACGCUUCACCAUCUGGCAGUCCGACGGACGAAUCUUGGUUUGGUGGAUGCCAGGAGAACGCUACCUGCCACAAUGCAUAGUGCCAACUUUAAAGUUUGGUGGAGGAGGAAUAAUGGUCUGGGGCUGUUUUUCAUGGUUCGGGCUAGGCCCCUUAGUUCCAGUGAAGGGAAAUCUUAACGCUACAGCAUACAAUUACAUUCUAGAUGAUUCUGUGCUUCCAACUUUGUUGCAACAGUUUGGGGAAGGCCCUUUCCUGUUUCAGCAUGACAAUACCCCCGUGCACAAAGCAAGGCGCAUAUAGAAAUGGUUGGUCGAGAUUGGUGUGGAAGAACUUGACUGGCCUGCACAGAGCCCUGACAUCAACCCCAUCGAACACCUUUGGGAUGAAUUAGAACGCUGACUGCGAGCCAGGCCUAAUAGCCCAACAUCAGUCCCUGACCUCACCAAUGCUCUUGUGACUGAAUGGAAGCAAGUCCCCGCAGCAAUGUUCCAACAUCUAGUGGAAAGCCUUCCCAGAAUAAUGGAGGCUGUUAUAGCAGCAAUGGGGGGGGGGGGGUCCAACUCCCAUGAUUUUGGAAUGACAUGUUCGACAAGCAGGUGUCCACAUACUUUUGGUCAUGUAGUGGAUGGUCAGUCCUUGCAUCCAUAGCUCUAUCUAUGAAUUUGAGAGUGGUUACAUUUCUCCAGCCCCAUCCAUCAGCUUGUUACCGAAACAGUGGUGGGGACAACACUUUGUUAUUGUUUCAACUGUGGAUUGGCCCUUUAAGUGAACCCCCGUAGGUCUAUGGCAUGAACCACUUACCACUGUUCCCACACAGGAAGCCCAACUCCACCUAUGGUUGGAUGUUGUAUCUGUAUGGUGCUCAUCCUGUGUUCAAAAUGCUUUCCUUUGUUAUGGGGUGGUGAAUACUUUCCAUUGUAAUGGGGGUGGGGAUGGUGAAUGGCUUCCAUUGUAAUGGGGGUGGGGAUGGUGAAUGGCUUCCAUUGUAAUGGAGUGGGGGUGGUGAAUGCCUUCCAUUGUAAUGGAGUGGGGGUGGUGAAUGCUCCUUAUCCACUAGCGAUGUGCAGCACCCAUUGUGACCAAUCAGACUUACCUGGAGGGAGGAAGUGGGUGGUUAGAUGGGAAACAUACGUCCUCAGGGUGUAGUGAUUGACAAUAUUGGCAUUAUUGGCAUUAUCUCAUUAUGUGUGGUCACUAGCGUGCAAUUGAUGGCUGCUUUAAUGGUACAUUUUGAGAAAAUGGGCAUUGAUUUCAGAUAGGCCCUCCUUAACUUAAGCCCCUCCAGGUGGUAGGUGCAGGGGCAUGAAAGACUUUGUGUUCUAGCCACGGGUUCUUCUAACCCACUGGUCUUUUAACAUGCAAUAUUGUGUCUAGAGAAUAAGGUACACAGAAAUAUUAGUGCUAUUGUGCUCAGCGGAAGUGUUGUAGACCUGGGUUCAAAUGUUAUUUCAAAUAUCUCAAUUACUUUCACAUAUUUACAUUUGAGUCAUUUAGCAGAUGCUCUUAUCCAGAGCAACUUACAGUUAGUGAAUGCAUACAUGUUUUUUGUUGUUUGUUUUUUUCAUACUGGCCCCCCGUGGGAAACGAACCCACAUCCCUGCUGGCCACUGCGCCACUCGGGAGUUAUAAAUUCACAUAUAUUCGAAGAUAUAUUUUAUUUGAAAAGACAAGAAGUUGAACAUAUUAAUGUAUUUGGAAAUACACUUGGAAAGUAUUUGGAAAAUUCUAAUACACUGACUCAAAUACAUUCCUAUGUGUUUAACCCAGGUAUUUGAAUAUAGUAUUUAAAAUAAAUAUUUGAAAAUCCUCUUAAAUACAAUUUGGUCGACUAUGUGUUUUUUUUAAAUAACCUUUAAAAUACUUAAAUAAAAGUACUUGUUUUGGGGUGUUUGAAAAUACUCAAAUACACAGAAAUAUUAUUUUCAAUACAAGAUACUCAAAUACACGUACUUGAACCCAGGCCUGGUGUUAUGAUACGCUGGACAGCAGGUCUAGGUAGGCUGUCUUGCGAUUCCGUCAUUUCAUCACUCAUUGGGCCAAAUGGAACACUGAGGGGAAUGUUAAAUUGAUUUGAAUUAUUCCAGUUCAGCAAUGGACCAUUUUCAAAAUGUCCUCUUUUAUGUCUUUUGAUGUCAGAUAAAGCAAUUAUAGAAGUGUUUUUAUCUACAGUGAGGGAAAAAAGUAUUUGAUCCCCUGCUGAUUUUGUACGUUUGCCCACUGACAAAGAAAUAAUCAGUCUAUAAUUUCAAUGGUAGGUUUAUUUGAACAGUGAGAGACAGAAUAACAACAACAAAAUCCAGAAAAACGCAUGUCAAAAAUUUUAUAAAUUGAUUUGCAUUUUAAUGAGGGAAAUAAGUAUUUGACCCCCUCUCAAUCAGAAAGAUUCCUGGCUCCCAGGUGUCUUUUAUACAGGUAACGAGCUGAUAUUAGGAGCACACUCUUAAAGGGAGUGCUCCUAAUCUCAGUGUGUUACCUGUAUAAAAGACACCUGUCCACAGAAGCAAUCAAUCAAUCAGAUUCCAAACUCUCCACCAUGGCCAAGACCAAAGAGCUCUCCAAGGAUGUCAGGGACAAGAUUGUAGACCUACACAAGGCUGGAAUGGGCUACAAGACCAUCGCCAAGCAGCUUGGUGAGAAGGUGACAACAGUUGGUGCGAUUAUUCGCAAAUGGAAGAAACACAAAAUAACUGUCAAUCUCCCUCGGCCUGGGGCUCCAUGCAAGCACUCACCUCGUGGAGUUGCAAUGAUCAUGAGAAUGGUGAGGAAUCAGCCCAGAACUACAUGGGAGGAUCUUGUCAAUGAUCUCAAGGCAGCUGGGACCAUAGUCACCAAGAAAACAAUUGGUAACACACUACGCCGUGAAGGACUGAAAUCCUGCAGCACCCGCAAGGUCCCCCUGCUCAAUAAAGCACAUAUACAUGCCCGUGUGAAGUUUGCCAAUGAACAUCUGAAUGAUUCAGAGGAGAACUGGGUGAAAGUGUUGUGGUCAGAUGAGACCAAAAUCGAGCUCUUUGGCAUCAACUCAACUCGCCGUGUUUGGAGGAGGAGGAAUGCUGCCUAUGACCCCAAGAACACCAUCCCCACCGUCAAACAUGGAGGUGGAAACAUUAUGCUUUGGGGGUGUUUUUCUGCUAAGGGGACAGGACAACUUCACCGCAUCAAAGGGACGAUGGACGGGGCCAUGUACCGUCAAAUCUUGGGUGAGAACCUCCUUCCCUCAGCCAGGGCAUUGAAAAUGGGUCGUGGAUGGGUAUUCCAGCAUGACAAUGACCAAAAACACAAGGCCAAGGCAACAAAGGUGUGGCUCAAGAAUAAGCACAUUAAGGUCCUGGAUUAGCCUAGCCAGUCUCCAGACCUUAAUCCCAUAGAAAAUCUGUGGAGGGAGCUGAAGGUUUGAGUUGCCAAACGUCAGCCUAAAAACCUUAAUGACUUGGAGAAGAUCUGCAGAGAGGAGUGGAACAAAAUCCCUCCUGAGAUGUGUGCAAACUUGGUGGCCAACUACAAGAAACAUCUGACCUCUGUGAUUGCCAACAAGGGUUUUGCCACCAAGUACUAAGUCAUGUUUUGCAGAGGGGUCAAAUACUUAUUUCCCUCAUUAAAAUGCAAAUCAAUUUAUAACAUUUUUGACAUGCGUUUUUCAGAAUUUUUUUGUUGUUAUUCUGUCUCUGUCAUGUCUUUGUCAGUGGGCAAAUGUACAAAAUCAGCAGGGGAUCAAAUACUUUUUUCCCUCACUGUAUGAGGUGUAGUCGUAGAGCCAUACACUGUUGGCCUUCUGUACUUUGAACUGGAAGUUUGCCCUAGUUCAACUUUAUCCGUUUAAAAUGCUAGUCUCAUAAGAUUACCAGGGGGAAAUGGCUGCCUCUCCCUUUGAGCAGCCUUCCUGGGAAACUGAUCAAAGCAUGUGUACUCAUGAGAUUCCACCUUUCUAAUGUAUUUUCUGAUUUUAUGGAUGUGACCAUUUGUACCUGUUUUGUAUUUUAUCAAUGUUCCAGUGUUGAAUUAAAUGUGUGUUAUUUCACAGUUUACACCUCAUGAUGGUUUUAUUUGCAUUUACAGUCAUGCAUGUUUAUACUUCCAUUGCACCACACACACACACACACACACACACACACACACACACACACACACACGUAGCGUUUGUAUACUCACCCACACACACCUACACAUAGGCUCACACACGCACGCACACACACACACACACACAUUCCCACUAACACGACUGUUGUUACUGGACUCCACUCUACUCAUCAUUGCUCAAUUACCUUCCACAUAUUGUAAAUAUCAGUCUUAAUUUGUUUACUUCGCCUUCUUGCAUUAUAUUGUAUAAUAUAUUAUUGCUAAAUUACUACUCUAUUUUAUCCAAUUGAGUUUUUAUUUUAUUGUUUUAUUACCCGUUUACUUUUUCUAUUGUUGUUGCACUGUCAAUAGGUGAACCUGCAAGUCAGUACUCCAUGUAUAUCAUGUGUAUAUGACGAAUAAACAAACUUAAAAUUGAACUUGUUGUAUGCAGCAGACUGUAGGCCAGUGCCCUGUGCUGAGAGGCAGACUGGGACUUGUUGUUAUUCUCAUUGCUCAGCAUCACAACAAAAUCACUAGUCUUCCACACAGCACUAGGACCAGUUCUCUCUCUCUCUCUCUCCCCAUCCAUCCAUCCAUCCAUCCAUCCAUCUGGUGUUCCGCAUCCCUUGCUUCAGCUGAAAUAAAAUAUUAAGAAAGAUGUGAUAGCACAGAGCCUUGACACAGAUUAUGAGGGUAAAAACUCCCAUUCCACUUGACAUUUCACGUAUGCACCCACCUAAAAUGUGUAUUCCCACUCUGCACAUCCACAUUUAUUUAUAUAUAUAUAUAUAUAUAUAUAUAUAUAUAUAUAUAUAUAUACUCAACAUGUAAAUACCACACUCUACUACUCAUACUACAUUGGGAGCUGUAGUUGGAACUCUAGUGGACGAUAUGAAAAGUGACAAGGGGUAUAGAGGUGAGAGGUUGAUUUCUGUUUUUUUAUUAGGUAUCUCUCGUUGAGAUCCGGAGCGCCAUAGUCUAGCGCAUAUUGAGAGAUCGAUAGAGGCUCUAGAGAAGUAUCCAGCGAGGAGAGAGCUCUCUCUCUCUCUCUCAGGCUCAUCUCUCUCUCUCUUCUCUCUCUCUCUCUCUCUCCUCUCUCUCUCUCCUCUCUCUCUCUCUCUCGCUCUCUAUGAAGCCUGUUGACAUUCCAUUCUGCCUUUGUUCUAAUGCCAACCUUUCAGCCCUUCUCAAAGAGGCAGCGGAGAAGAUAGGAGGAGAGGGGGAAGAGGAGGAGGAGAGCAGUAUGAGGGGAGGUGGAAGAGGAGAGGGGGAGGGGAACAUGGCACUCAUAAUAAACCCUAUUUGCUAUAGCACUGCUACUGCAUGGAGGGCCUUCUUUUCUCCUCAAAUUCCAAUAUUAAAGAAAUAGAGAUAGACUUAAUAAUCGGGUAUGCCUGAAAUACAUACUGUAGAUAGUUAUGGAAAUGGUUCUACAUUAUCAUAAUGUUCACAUUGUGUUACAUUAUCUACACAGUACUGUCACCACUAAGGAAAACAGAUGAUAGUCAAAGACUGCACUUCCACAAGGAGAUAAAUCCGAUUUUUGUUUGCUUUUGGCUGUAUUUUAUCAUCUGGAUAGCGUGCACGCUCACACGCUCACAUGCACGCACACAGCUAUAAUCAUUGUCUUCCAUCUCCAGUGUGUUUCAUGGGCAGAGCAGGUAGCUAUGCAACAGGACUGGGAGCAACUGGGAGAGGAGGGUGGGGUGGUGGUGACAGUUUAG